GUUGCAUUUUGAUACUAUGAACCCGACACACGGGACACAGCAUACGGGCAACCCCCAGCUGAAGUCCGAAGAGUUGAUUAAUUCGCCACCAGCCAAUCAAGCCCCGUGAUUUAUAAAACACAUGCCUAAAAUAGUAAUCACACGGCUCAAAGUCGCUAACACUUACACAUGCAGGCCGCGGUAUCGGUCGGGAGAUGGCACUCGAGCUUGGACGCCGCGGGGCCAAGGUCAUCGUCAACUACGCCAACAGUUCCGACUCGGCCAAUGAGGUGGUGCAGCAGAUCAAGAAGAGCGGCUCGGACGCGGCAUCGGUCAAGGCCAACGUGUCGGACGUGAACCAGAUUGUCCAGCUGUUCGAGCAGGCGGUCAAGAUCUUCGGCAAGAUCAACAUCGUGUGCUCCAACAGCGGCGUGGUGUCCUUCGGACACGUCAAGGACGUCACGCCGGAGGAGUUCGAUCGCGUCUUCAACAUCAACACGCGCGGCCAGUUCUUCGUCGCCCGCGAGGCCUACAAGCACCUCGAGGUCGGCGGCCGCCUCAUCCUCAUGGGCAGCAUCACCGGCCAGGCCAAGGGCGUGCCCAAGCACGCCGUCUACUCUGGCAGCAAGGGAGCCAUCGAGACCUUCGUCCGCUGCAUGGCUGUUGACUUUGGCGACAAGAAGAUCACUGUCAACGCUGUCGCGCCCGGUGGCAUCAAGACCGAUAUGUACCACGCCGUCUGCCGAGAGUACAUCCCUGGCGGCGACACGCUGGACAACGAAGGAGUUGACAACUUCGCUGCCACGUGGUCUCCUCUCCACCGCGUUGGGCUUCCCAUCGAUAUCGCUCGUGUGGUCUGUUUCCUGGCGUCCCAGGACGGCGAAUGGGUCAACGGCAAGGUCAUUGGCAUUGAUGGCCAUGCCAUGAUGUAGAUGGAGUGACAUGGAUACCUACUGCAUACAUCCCAUACUUAUUCAUGUACUCCAACAACUAGAGAAUCGUCUUUGUUAUUUGAACUACUACUUGUAGCUAGAAAAAGCACAAUCAUAUGUCUGUACCUAUGCUGUACAACCCCAUAAGCUGCUCUACAAUUGUGAAGGCCCUAUUGUACGCUCUGAUCUGUAGAUGAGUUAGGUCCUACCUGAAAGCAUAAGCGCACACCGCUCCAUGAUAUUAACGCAGCUAUUACACUGGCCUAUCAUGUAUACUAUUUCUGAUUAGCUACAACAUUUGGGGCGAAUUGCAAUGCUGGCAUGACUGCAAGCUAUAUGACCAACAGCUGUAAGUCUCAGAUCUCCAAGGCCGAUAUGUCACACCAACCACCUAGUAGCAUCAAGACUUUGCUGCCGUAAGGCGUUCGUGUUAGCUGCCUACUGCAUAGA